ACACGCGUGCGAAAGAUCAAAACAAACCCUCCAACUUCUUUUUGCCGUGUGCGCACACCUGCAAAAGUCCAAAAUAUUAUAAAAACCCCCAACAAUAUCAAAGUUAUUUCACUUUUACAUGAGCAGCCACAGGCAGAACAACGCGUCCGGACGACAAGCAGGUCCCAGCGCUGGCCAGAACGUAGCAGCAGUGCAGUGGAGGAGCCCCCGACAACAUUUUUGGCGUGACUGCGGCGCAUUAAAUCAGCGUCAACGACAGAGCGUGAAACAGCAACCGGAAGUGCAGCGCGAGGCGGCGAGCAACUGGUGGCCACCACAAUGGAGGUCUUUGCCUGGGGCGCCAACUCUCACGGCCAGCUCGGCCUUGGCUUUGAAUCGGAGUUGUGCAUGACACCGCAGCGCCUCACCCGCCACUCCUUUGCCCCCCAGCUGGUGCGCUGCAUACGCGGCGGCGGUGGGCAUGUCCUCAUCCUGGACACAAAUGGACGGGUGCACGCCUGCGGCUGGAAUAAUCGCGGGCAGCUGGGCCUGGAUUCGAUGGAGGAGUGCCACAAUGAGUUUCGAAUGAUUCCCACAGAGUACUUUGAGGAAGUUCCCAUUGAAACAGUCAGCUGCGGCUGGGACAUCUCUGGCGGCAUAACCCUGACCAAGCGACUCUUCGUCUGGGGCUCCAAUGCCUUCCAGCAGCUGGGCAUUUGUCAGCGCGGCUUCAUGGCCGUGCGUCGGCCCCUGCCCGUGCGUCUGCCCAAGGAGGAGCCCGCUGUGGCCAUCAGCUUUGGGUUGCGUCACUGCGCCGUGCUCACGCAGGACCACAAGAUCUAUGUGUUUGGGCGGCUGCGCGUCAUGGAUCCACCGCCCAUCGAGCUGGACAUUACGGCCACCACGCUGCAUCGCUGCAACACGAUGAAGAUCCAGGUGCACAAUCCGAAGGAGCUGCGCAUCGUGGCCCUCUCCAGUGGCCAGCAUCACAUGCUGCUCAAGUGCGUGGACCUCAGCCAAGAGGGCGGCAGCACCAAGCGAAUUCUGUCGCUCGGCGACAACAAGUUCGGGCAGUCCAAUGCGUUUCUCUUCGAGGAGGAUGUGCGCCAGCUGGCCGUCGGCUGGACACACAAUGCUGCGCUGCUGCGUAACAAUGAGAUCCUCAUGUGGGGUCGCAAUUGCUACGGACAGCUGGGCACGGGUUCGAUAAGCGAGCAGCAGGCGGUGCCCAAGCCAUUGAGUCUUCAGCUGCCAGAGGGUCAGACGCCUGCGCGAGUGCACAUGGGUGCAGAGCAUGGACUCCUGCGUACCACAGCUGGCGAGGUGUACACCUGGGGCUGGAACGAGCACGGAAAUUGUGGCAACAACAGCACAGAGAAUGUUUGCAACCCUACGCUGGUGGAAUUGCCGGGCCCCGUGAAGUUGGCUGGAGCUGGCUCUGGCUUCUGUUAUGCCAUUUGCGAGUCGUCUGUUAACUAGUUUUAUAUUAUUCAUGUUAAUUAAAGUGUCGUACAAAAGUGUAAAAUCUAAGCCAGUUGUUGUUGCUUUCAAUUUGUUUAAAAUAAAUUGUUAAAAAAAUGA